UUAAUGGAUUUAGAAUCCCUGCGCAGUUUCUAAAUCUGUCUUUUUGGCGGCUACGAAGGAACGAAAGUUAGAUGCGUAAAUUGACGUAACGUUGGCGUUCACAUCUGCCGCUGAAUUCAAAAGGAAAACAGGCCCGAGUUCUUGCAGGAACGCUGGUGUAUUUUAACUACCCUCACACUCUUGAUGGAAGACGACACGGACGUAGCGGAAAGCAGGAGCCUCGUAUCCAAAAGGGAGCGGUGAGUAAGUCGAAGAUGGGCGCGAAGCAAACACGGAGAGAAAGAAGGAUCCAUCUAGUGGGUAUCGCCAUAUAGCAGCCAAAUCACGUGACCGCCACCGCGCGCGCGCGCCGCGGCGGACGGGCUUCCCGUUCGCACGGCGGCCCCUUCCAUUUGUUGACGCAAGUGGCUCCAUCGCGGGGCGGACGCUGCAAACACGAGCGCCGGAGAGCGAAGGAGAGGAGCCGUCCGGCUCGCGCGCUUGCUGCUCGGUGAAGCCUCGGCGGGGCGGUGCGCUUUGCUGCCGCGACAGACGACCGCUCGCGGGAGCCGCACUUUUCUCAUCCCGGCGUUCAUCCCGCCCCAAGGGAGGGCGGCCAUCACCGCCCGAAGGAAGAAGGUCUCAGGUGCGUGCAGUGCGCGAACGACGCUUGGUGCCCAAGCCCGCAGCUCGGGGGUGCCCGCCCCGCGACCCAUAGUGGAUACACGCAGACCCGAGUGCCAGCCCGGCGGCGGAGUGCGGAAGAGCAGCGCGGCCAUCGGCCGGAUCGAAGCGCCGCGUGCGUGAGUGGCGCGAUGCCGGUGGCGGCGGCUGCUGCUGCGGCGGCGGCCUCGGUCUCCUCGGCGGCCGCGACGACGAGCUGAGUGGAUGCGGACCGUGCAUUUCCGAGCCGGAGGGGGCCUUCCCGAGGCCGGCAGCUAGCUGAGCGAGGCGGCGCAGCGGAAGCAGCAGGAGAAGAGCAAGCGAUCGCAGCGUAGACCCAUGUCCUCCCGCGACAUGUACGGCGGCUCGCAGAGGUCGCCCCGGGCGGCCCAGAGCUCGCGCGACGUGAUGCUGGGGCCGCCUAAGACGUCCUACGCGUCCAUCUCGCAGCCGCCGUCUGCCAGGGGAAGUCCCAUCGCGCGCAACCUCUCGUCGCCUUCGCAGGGCCGCCGCAUGCGGCCCACCGGACCGUACGGCGUGAGCCGCUCGAGCAACAACAGCCCGCUGACCAUGUCCACGCACGACUACUACGGCGACGAGCCGGACCUGCGGGUCUCGCACCGGAGCCGGUCGGCCACGCGCACCGCGCCGCCGGCCAUGCGCUCCUCGUACCCGGGCGUCGGCGUCGUCGACCAGGACUUCAUGCCCAUCCGAGACCGGUCCCUGGAGCGCGGCGGCGUGGACCUGGGCCGCCGCGGGGGCGGAGGGUACCGCGAGGACAUGUACCGCGAGACCACCAUCGACGGCGACCCGUACCGGGACUACGGCAGCAGUGGCCGCGGAGGCGGCGGCGGUGGGAGCUUCGUGGCCGAGCUGCAGAGCCGGCUUAACGAGCUCCAGAGUCAAUAUGGGAGCGUCAAGCGGGAACUGGACGCGACCACGCAGAAGCUCGGCUCCAGCAUGCACAGCAUCAAGACCUUCUGGAGCCCCGAGCUCAAGAAGGAGCGCGCCUUGCGCAAGGAGGAGGCCGCCAAGUACGCCCUCAUCAACGACCAGCUGAAGAUACUGCGAUCGGAGAACCAGAAGCAGGCAUCGCUCAUCCGCCAGCUGGAGGAGGAGCUGCGGAUGGCGCACAUGCGCAAUCCCGACGCCGAGCUACGUCAGCACCUGGACGCCCUCUACGCCGAGAAGGAGCACAUGGCCAAGGAGAUAUUCCUGCUCAGGGAGACCAUCAAGGAACUGGAGCUGCGGAUAGAGACGCAGAAGCAGACGCUCGCAUCCCGAGACGAGAGCAUCAAGAAGCUGAUGGAGAUGCUGCAGAGCAAGGGCGUCGGGGGCCAGAUGCUGGAUGAACAGCGUAUGGAGAUGGAGCGACUGAAGAGCCGCCUCAUCGAAUCCGAAGCCCGUGCGCGCCACCUGGAGACCAUGUUGGACACCAGAGACCGAGACAUUGGCAAGCUGGACGAGCUCCGGAUCGAGCUGAACAAGCGCGACCAGGAGCUCCUGGCCAUGGGCGCCAAGAUGAAGACGCUGGAGGAGCAACACCACGACUACCAGCGCCACAUCGCUGUGCUCAAGGAGUCCCUGUGCGCCAAGGAGGAGCACUACAACAUGCUGCAGGCUGACGUGGAAGAACUGCGGCAGCGGCUGGAGGAGAAAAACAAGUUGAUAGAGAAGAAGACUCAGCAGGCGCUCACAGCGACGCAAGAGCGCAACCAGCUAAGCCAAGAACUGCAGGAGCUGAGAGAUCACAUGGACAUCAAGGACCGAAAAAUCAACGUGCUUCAGAGAAAGAUCGAGAACCUGGAGGACCUGCUGAAGGAGAAGGACAACCAGGUGGACAUGGCGCGAGCGCGGCUGUCGGCGAUCCAGGCGCACCACUCGACCUCAGAGGGCGCCCUGUCCAGCCUGGAGGAGGCCAUCGGCGACAAGGACAAGCAGAUCGUGCAGCUGCGCGAGCAGCGCGACCGCGCCGAGCAGGAGCGCAACGAGGAGCGGGACCUGCACGAGCGCCAGCUGGCCGAGUACCGCAUGAAGAUGCACGCGCUGGAGAGCGAGAUGGACAAGCUGCAGGGCCGCCUGGAGAAGGCCAACGCCGAGAAGGAGCGCCUGGAGGCGCGUCUCGAAAACUCCCAGUCCGAGUUGGGACAGGCGCGUGCCGAGCUGGACAAGAUCCAGGCCGAGGUGAGCCGCUCGUCCGCCGACUGGGAGCGAAUGCGCGGCGAGCACGCGCGACUGUCGCUCGAGAACGACCGCUUCCGCGAGCACGUGGGCCGCCUCGAACAGCCCACGGUGACGUCGUCAGCGUACCGGAGCGCCACAAGCAUACUGCCGCUGCAGCAGCAGCAGCACGCGUCCGACGAGCGCACCCAAGAGAAACUCGACCGCGUGCAGGCCGAGCUGCGCCGGGCGCAAGCUGAACUGAGGAUGACGCAGGCGGAGCAGGAACGGGCGCGCGGUGAGCAGGAGCAGCUGCAGGAGAAGCUGGAGCGCUCCCAGGGAGAAGUGUACCGGCUCAAGGCCAAGCUGGAGAACGCGCAGGCCGAGAGGGAGGCCCUCCAGGAGGAGUACGACCGCGUGCAGGGCAUCGUGGCCCGAGGCCAGUCCGACAGGGACGCCGCGCUGGCCGAGGCGGAGACACUGAGGGCGGAGCUGGAGCGCGUCCAAGGGGGUCUCACGAAGGCGCAGGUGGCGCAGGAGAAGACGCAGGCGAUGCUCGACCGGGCGCAGCUGGAAGCCGACAGGCUGCAGGAGAAGCUGGACAAGGCACUGACCGAGACGAGGAGGCUGGCUGCCGACCGCGAGCGCUGCCAGGACGAGGUGCAGGGCUUGCAAGGGCAGCUGGCCCAGGCUCAGCUGCACGCUCAGCGGGCGCACAAGGAGAAGGACGCGCUGCAGUCGGAGCUCGAGCAGACGAGGGAGAAGGCCGACAGGGCGCUGGCCUUGCAGCAGAGGCUGCACAAGGAACGCGACGGCGCCCAGGCCGAAGCGGACGCAUUGAGAGACCGUCUGGAAAUACUCCAGAGCCAACUAGCCAAGGCGCACAAGGAGCGGGAGAACGUCCAAGCAGAGUUUGAGGUGAUGCGUGACAGGCACGACAAGAUUGCGCUCCAGGCGGAGCGAGGACGAGCCGAGGCCGACGCAGCACAGGCCGAGUUGCGGGCAGCGCGCGACCGCGCCGACAAACUCCAGCUGCAGCUGCAAAAGGCCCAGGAAGAAAGGGAACUGUGCAGGCUGGAACAGGACAAGCUCCGCGAGAAGCUUGACAGGGCACAGGCGGAAAGCUUCAAAGCCCAGACCCGCCUUGACCAGGGUCAGGCGGAGGCAGACCGCUUGGCCCUGGAGUUAGACAAGUCCCAGGUCCUGCUGGCUAAGACCAAGGAAGAUCACAAGCGCUCUCAGGAAGAGUUCGAAGGCUUGCAGGACCUGUAUGUGAGAACGAAUGCCCAGCUGGCCAAGACCAAAGAGGCCGAAGAGAAGACACGACAGGACCUCGAUCGCUGUCAAGUCGAGCUGGAAGUUGCCCGCGAUCGUUUGGAUAAGGCACAGCUGGAGGCGCGCCGUCUUCAAGCCGAGCGCGAUCGGCUGCAAGCCGAGGUAGACCGCAUGUCUCUAGAUAUGGACCGCAUCCAAACGCAAGUGGGGAAGACCCAAACGCAUCACGAGAAGUCCCAGGAAGAAUUGGCGAGAAUGCAAGUGGAAUUGGAAAAGCUCUACGAAAAACUGGAUAGGGCACAGACGGAGCUGCGCAAGACACAGAACGAGAAAGAUCGCCUUCAGUCUGAGAAAGAAAGCCAGCAGGCUGAGCUGGAACGCUACCAGGCGCAAAUGGCCAAGUACCACAGCACCCAGGACAAGUCUCAAGCAGACUUCGAACGGCUGCGUAUCGACGUUGAAAAGAUGCGGGACAAAUACGAAAAGACGCUUGCAGAGCUGAACAGGACAAGUGAGGAAAGCGCGAAGCUCAAAGCCGAGCUGGACCGAACACGGUCGGAGAAGGGUGUCACCCAGGAAGAACGCCAGGCGCACGCUAAUGAAAUUGAACGGCUUUACAUCGAAGUUGAAAAAGCCAAGGACAAAUACGAAGGCGCCAAGAUCGAAGUCAAGAAACUUCAAGACGCGCGCUCCCAGCACCAAGCCGAAAAUGAGCGGUUGCGCAGAGCCCUGGAAGCUACGCAGGCCGAGCUGAAAAAAGCCACUGCGUCAACAGACGAUCGACAACGCCAGGAGAUGGAGAAGUUAACAGCUGAAUCUCAGAGUCUCCGUGAGAGAGCCGACCGUGCUAUCCAGGAGAGGGACUCGCUUCUCGCAGAACUGAACAAGGCUCAGGCGACACUGGAUUCGCUGCACGAGGCCAGCGAAGGAGACCGGCAGAAGAGCACCUCGGAGGUGGAGCGCCUCAGGCACCUUCUGGGUCGCUCCGAGGAAGACCUCCAGAAGACGGUCGGCGAGAACAGCAGGCUACAAAUGGAAGUGGAGCGGUUGAAACAGGACGUCGAGGACGCCGAGCGGUACAUCGCGAGUGUGCAGGAGAGCACGCAGAAAGACCGCAGCCAACAGGAAAGCCUUCGAGCGGAGACGAAACGGCUCCACGAGACCCUGGAGAUGGUCCAGGAGGAGCUACGCAAGACUUCCCAGGAACGCAACCGGCUCCAGAUCGAAGUGCAGGAGCUGGUUUCGGAACUGGAACGACGUAGCGGCACGGACACCGCUGCCCGUGCUCAGGAGGACGCGAGGAUACGGGGUGAGAUCGAGAAGCAGCAGCAAGAACUGCAACAGCUGCACAAGGAACUGAAGAAGAGCACGCAGCAGAUGCAGAAGCUCGAGACCGAGAACAAGGAGCUCAGAGCAAAGCUCGAAAGAGCUUUGGACGCAGCCGCUCACGCGCAGAAGCAGUCGGAAGAGACGCACGCCGAGACUACCAAACUGAGAGAGGCAAACCGAAUGCUGAAGCAGCAGCAACAGCAACUCCAGCAGCAGGCCGCCGGUGCAAUGAAGGAGGGCGAGCGCGAAAAGCUGCAGAGAGAACUGGACAGGAUGCAAGUGGAAAUGGAAUGUCAGAGGGAAGAAGCAUCGAAGCUGAGGAAGCAGCUGGAGCAGUCACGGGCGGAAAUCAAGAAUUUCUCGGUGGAGCGAGAUCGCUUCCAAGAGCAGCUGGAGAAACUGGUUCAAGAGAUCGAACGGAGGGAGACCGAGAUCCAGAGCCUUCGCGCGAAAGGCGCCCAGCCUCAGGCAAACCCCAAAAUGGAAGCCGAGCUCGAGGCCCUCAGGAAGAGGCUCGACGACCGACAGAAGCAGCUGGACGAGUUCGAAAAGAGGCUCAAGAAGAAGAAAGAGAAGCUGGAGCAGGCAGAGGCUGCCCUGCAAAAGGCGGGCAGCACGGAGACGGAACAGGAGCUGGUCCGGCAGCUGGCCGAGCUGAAGAUGCGCUGCGCCGAACUGGAGACGAGGCAGCCACCACCGCCUCCGACGGGAGGAGCCAACGAGGCCGAGCUGGAGCGGCUGCUCCAGAUCAUGUCUUCCCUCGAGGAAGAGAAGGUCAAUCUCAACGCACAGAUCAAGCAGCUGCAAGAGGCGCUAAGGGACCGAGACAGCAAACUGAACGCGCUCAAGCGUAGCCAGCAGACGGACAAGACGCGAAGCGCCCAGAUGAUGGACGAAGCUCGCCGGAGAGAAGGAGACCUCGGUCGGGAAGCUUCCAAAGCUCAAGAGGAAGUUGCACGGCAGCGAGAACGCAUUGAGGCCCUGGAAGAGGCCCUCCGGGAGAGCGUCGAGAUCACCGCCGAGAGCGAGGCCGAGGUGGUGCGCCAAGAGUCCCUGCUGCGGGAGGCCCAGGACACGGUAACGGACUUGGAAGCCCAACUUCGUCGCGCGAAGAGCAGCGGCGAGUGCGUCCGCUGCGGCAGCUGCCCAGACCUCAGGUUCCAGAUGAAGGACGUUGGCUGGAAGGCCAUGUGGGCGGAGCGGAAGCGCCACCUGGACGAGCUCUACGAUAUGAAGCUGGAGGCACUGUCGUCGGCCAUCAGCGAAAAGGACGCGCACCUGGCCCUGCUGGAAGAACUGCCAAUCCAGGACGAGAACACCAAGCGUCAGGCGGAGAACCUGCGCGCCGAAAAGCAACGCCUCGUUCGGAGGAUCAAAGUGGAGAACGAGAGCCGUGUCAAGAUGAUCGCUGAAGCUGACGACGCCUUGCAACGAGUCAACGGCACUGGAGACCACGACACGGUGACUGAGCAGGAUGACAAGGCGGACACGUCGUGAUCUCCCCGGACUUCGCUCUGCCACGCUGCUGCUGCCUUCGAUUCGGACAGCCCGACACGGCUGGAAGCUAGCGGCCACGGAAACCAACGUCCCGUUCGCUGCAUAGCCCUCCAUAUACCGCCUUCGUCGAUUCCAUGUGACCACAGCCUUCUUUUCGUUAUCGCUUCUGCUGUUAUCUGUGCGACGCGAUAAUACUCGUUCUCUCUCUCCUUCUUUUUUACUGGUACUUGUCGCUACAGCGGGAAAAUCGUGAAGAACGUAAUAUAUAUUUUUUUAUUCCGUUCGUUUUCUCACCGUGCCAAAAACUGGAUGGGACGUCCUGUGGCGAGCUCAAACUCGCACAUCGUGAAGGCAAGCGAUUCUUAAUUCUUAACCGUGCGGUUGUUUUUUUUUUUUUUGUACAAAGAGUCAACCUGUUGACUAGUUCCAUACGUGAAUUUUUUGUGACAGUGAAGGAAAGACCCAUUAUCAUUUUUUUCUCCCAUAAUAUAAAUCCACUGCGCUGUACAUCUUACUGAGAAACAAAAUACCAAGAAUAUUUCACCUUUCUUGUUACUGUAACUCCGCGACCAGUUUUUCUGAAGUCUACGGGGAGCGAUACCCAAACGAUGGUUAUACGUCUUUUGAAUUAUUGUUGCAUCCUAUUUUGUUUACAUAACAUUUGUUUGUUUAACGCAAGCUGAUGUAUUUUUGUUUUCUUGUAUAUGACGAGCAAGUUGCCGCUUUUAUUGACUGUACAUAUUGCGUGUUUUUACGAGACGUGUGCUUUCGUCUGCGCGUCUUCAUCAUAUACAUAUUGGUACGUGUUGUGCGCAUUUCAAACACCCUUUGGUAUCAUCCCUUUUAGCUUGUGCUGCAUGUUUAUAGGCGAGAAAGCAAUCUUUCUUUCUUUCUUUUACCCUCCAACGAAGCGUUGCGCGGCCAUGUUCUGGAAACGGCAGAAGUUCUCCAGGAGUGGGACAGGUGGGCAGCCAGAUUACGUCACACGUGCAAAGCGGAGGACUGACCAUAUUAAUCGGAAACCUCACUUCGCAAAGCACUUUGCGUGCAACUCCGCUGGGUUCGGAGUUCCCCGGAGUCUUAGCUAUGACUUGUUGGCUGUCGCAUUUGGUCGUGGCGAUGAGCGGACGAACCGCGAAGCAACGCAAAUUGUACACGUAAUAUUGGUUAGUGAGCCGAUUUCACCUUUGCGCUAUGAUAACGAAGGCACCGGUCAAUGACAGAAAAAUGUUGGAAACAUAAUCUCUUGCGGCAACCGAGUGAAAGGACGUUAAUACAUAAAAUAAGUGAAGCUUUUAUGAGAUAUAUGGAUGCUCUGCGAGUCUGUAGAAAGAAAAGUGAAUAAUCGUUCAUACAUAAAGCACACGCGUUACUACGCGCAAUAUUUUAUUCAUCGCGAUGAAGUAACAAUGCGAAGACUGCACACAUCUUAAUGACACGAGACAAUUUCCUGCGUCGCCCAAAGUCCCGGGGUGAUGUAUCUUCUGCCAGGCCAUUGAGCUGUGUCCCGUCUUCGCACUUUUGUUUCACGAUGAUUAAGGCACCAACAAGCUGACAUUUGCACCGUGCUGUAUUUUACUCACGUUGUGCUGGUAGCGACCGAACGCAUAAAUUUUCCGCGGAUCAGCAGUGAGACAUAGCGUUGUUCAUUCGUUCUAGCUGAAACAACCGUAGGAGCUGGCCUUCGAAUAGUGGUUCAGCAGAUUUUAGUCAAGAAGGAGGAAUAACUAAGGGCACAUAUCACUAGAUCGAAACAAGGUUGUACUGUUAUCACAUGUAGCUGUGGAGACAUAGUACUCUGGCGAAAGGCGACUUAUGAGCUUAAAUGUUUAUAGCACUGAAGAACACUUAACUGACACCAAGCUGCACGUUGUUUGUGACGUAAGAAGCACAGUGCGGAGAGCUCAUCCGUUUUUCGUAGCUCUCUUUUGAGCUACGAAAAACGGACGUCUGUGUACUCAUGAGAAUGAACAGAAGCACAAGGGUGUGUUACGUUACACUUACGUUUGUCAGCAGUAUAAUAAUUAGUUAAUUAAUUAUUAUUUGACAAGUAGGACGUGCAAGGAGGAGUGUGUUGCGAGGCCAUCAAUUUUUUUAUUAUUCGAGGGAUCGUUCAAGAUUUUCACGGACGCAGUAAACUUCGUCGGCGCUCUAGUAGCAGCCAGCGGCUGAUUUCAGAACGUUUAGUAAUACAUGCCUGGAGAAUACUCUUAAGUGGCCAUGAUCAGGUCGCAAUGCUUGGAAUGGUCUGUGACAGUUCUGCUCAGUAAAAAGUUGAAUUUUCUAUUCUUCGACCAAGUUAAGUCUAUAUUGUUGAUCUUGGCUUGCCUAACGAAAUAUUUGGCAUCGUUUACAGUCACCAAUCAGGGAGUUCAACGACAAUGAUUCGCGCACUUACCCGUAUUGCGUUAGUUUACCCCCAGGAUCAAUGGAAUUCAUUACUGCAUGCACUGGUCAAAUCGCCGAGAAUUGAGCUACCGGUACUACUUCGUUCUUCCUUCCAUCAUUAAGAGAAGACACUAUGAGAAGAUGUCAGGUACAGCUGUAUAUGCGAGCCUUCAGGAAGCGGCAGUGGUUUCAUAUGCGUUCCAUAAUUACAAAUCUGCUUUAGCAAGUUUCACUGCAAUACACAUCUGUAUUGCGGUGAUAUUAUUGAGCAUACAAAAAUAAAAAUCGUACAGGUAGUUUAAAGCCUGAGGAGAGCAACUCAGAUUACGAUAAAGCCGGUGGCGAAAGAUCUUAAACCUACGGACCAGACCGAUUACCAGAUUUAGUGUUACCAUUGCAACGCCUUGAAUGUCCUGGAAGCACCGUGGAACAAUACUAAACCAUGAGAUGUUGUUUACACGUAGGAGCAAAUUCUCACUUCCCAUCAACGCAACACAUUUUGUAUGCUUCACCACAUUACGCAGUUGUAUAGCGGUGAAGCGACCAUGAACCGCAUAUAAGACCCUUGCUCAGGAAGCUACCAUUUGGAGAAGUUCUGGAGCUCCGACGUUGUACGAUGCAGGUUCAGCGAGCGAUGCGAUAUAAGCCUUAUAGACACCGCAACAAAAGCGUAGGUCCGCUCUCAAUCAAGGAUUUAGUGAAGAGUAAUCGAGCGCUUUGCCACGACCCUUCUGUACGGCAGGUGAACGUUAAACAACUGCAAGGCAACACGCACUUAAAAGCCCAGGGCUCCACUUUACGUACGAGCAGGACUUCGUUCCGACCUCUAAAUUCCCGCAGCCACCCAGGUGACCGGACAGGACAGACGGCUCCGCAGACAGCUCACUUCGGUUUAACGGCAGAAGCAUCCGCUUUUCCUUUGGCAGUAAGGUGGGUCGGUCGGUGGCCUUUCACGCAGCGUGGUACAGCUAGCUAUGCAAAAGCCUAGACGGCGCCUACGUCCCCGACCAUGCGCCACGUCUUCGGACAUUGGUACGUAGGAUACGCGAGUGUUCGUACGAGGCUGAAACUGACGCCCGGAAAGUUGUGACCGCGUCGUUGUAGCCAGCACCUUCGCUCAGCGGGCCUCACUGUCCCCAUCGCCCAUGUUAACGGCGAAGCCAGUUAGGUCGAAGCCUGAACUGGCAACAAUGCCCGGUUUCGCGCAAAGUCGGGGCCCAUUGCAACGUCCGGUCGUCUUCGAGGAAGGUUGCAUAUUUGCGCACUUGCUACCUUCGUUACUGCGAAGCCGAUAACAGGUUUUGCGUGCAGCUCCUCGAUGUUGCAUCCUGGGCCAGCGACAACAAAAUAGGCGAUUUCAGCUCUACCUAAACGGCAGGUAUACGACUGGGAGACCUUGGCAGUCGCUCAGGUAUGGCUCCGGCCCUUUCAGAAGGAAAACUGGCUGUUGGCGCAGUAGACUUUGUCGAGCCGGGGUUAUGGCCAGCUACACGCGACCGCAGUUCGCAACCUUUCGAGCGUCGAAAAUUCGGGUGUGUGCUAAUCGGGCUCCUCGAGAGAGUUCCGGCAAGAUGGGCGGACUCUCUCUCUCUCCCGCGAGGAGCAAGACCAUAUGGCAGCGGCCCUUUUUGUUCCGCUAUUCUGCAGUGCCUAUCUCUAUCUCUCUGAGACGAUUCAAAUCAUUCCCUACGCUUCGCGCGCACCUUUCACUUAUUUAUCGGGCGUGUGCGGGCCAGCCAUACGUGGUAGGCGUUCGUCAAGCGCUUCUCAUUCGCGUUAUUUUGUUUUUUUUUCCCUGUGUGCCGUGUGUAUGCACUCCGCCAAACCAGGCAGGAUCGGUGGUGCCUGAAUUUUCCGUUCUUUUUUUCUUUUGUAUUGUACGGCACCGGCUUGCAACUCACUCCUGUAGAGAGGUGCAUGGUGUCGUUCCGGCAAUGUAGAUGAAGGCGUUUAUGGGAAAAACAAACACUGUUGUUGCAUUGUUCGUUCUCUAUCGUUUGUUGUUUUUUACACACUGUUACGCGUGUACUGUCAUCAUUAUUUCCUCCUCCCUCGAGUAUCUGUAAACCUUUAACUGUGUAUCCUCGAAACCCAGAAAAAAAAAACUCAACAAGAGAAAUGAAACUCAGCCUCUCUCUCUCCUCGUCACCGUGGUGUGCACUCUAUAUUCACUUAGGUAUAUAAAUAUAUAUGUAUAAAUAUUAUGUAUAUGUAUACAUAAUGCAUAUAUGUACAUGUUGAUGUGUGCGCAUGUGUGCGUGUUUCCGUUUAUGCGUUUGUCUUCGCGUGAUAUAUAAAUAUGUGUGUAAAUAAAUCCUAGCUUAUUCCA